AUGGCGGAUCGGUUUCCUUCAAUCGAAGACAUCGAUGCAGGUGAAACCGAUGUCCGGCCCGGUUCAAAUGCGCAGGGAAGUUUCCUGGAACGAGAACGGGCACUCCUUGGAGAAGAUGCGGAUCUAUUCGCGGCCAACGACAAGCCCGGCGCCGCUACAGUCGAAGAUGGCGAUGACGAUGACUUACUAGGAGGUGGCGAUGACUUUGUCUCUGCACCCCGGGGCUCUGGUGGCGCAGCACAGAACGACUUGGACUCUUUCGAGAGUUCAUUUCCUGCCAUCGACACGCGGAACGAUAAUGUCGGCCCUGGCGGCACCAUCACCAACUCCUCGCAGCCCUUCCAAGGGUCCGGCUACACGAACUACAAGGCACCUACGCAAGACGAAGACACCGAGCCGAUCCGCCAAUGGCGCGAAAAGCGCGAUGCAGACCUCAGCCGGCGCGACGAGGCGUCCCAGACCAAGAAACAAGAGACCAUCUCCACGGCCCAGAAGGACAUUGACUCGUUCUACGAGUCCUACAACCGCAAGGUCGACAAACAGAAAGCCCAGACGGCCAAGGAAGCCGAAGAGUUUCUGGCCAAGAGAGAAGACACAACCGCCGGAGGCACUUCGUGGGAGAGAAUUGCCAAGCUGGUCGAUCUGUCUGGUAAAGGCCAGCAGGGCGGUGGCGAUGGCAGCUCAAAGAAGAAAAUGCGUGAGAUGCUACUGAGCCUGAAAGGUGACAAGGACGCUCCCGGCGCUGGCGGCAUUUGA